CUCAUAAAACUGUCUCGCUAUUUUCAUGAGCACUACGCACUCCCGCUAACUCUCACAAAUCCCCAUCGCUAAAAAAGAUUUGAAAACUUUUCGCUAAGGAAUAUACUACUUAUAUCUAAUUAUCGUACUUACCAAUGUUACUUACCUUGAGAUCCAGUGCGUUAAUACCAUUGCGGACGUUUGGACGUGUUCCACGUCUCAAUGUUAGGUUAUUUUCCAAUACACCUAUGCCAUCUGUCAAGAUGCAUAAGCAUUGGAUGUUAUCUGAAGAAAAUAACAAACCAGCUAGUGAAGUUAGUAUAACUGAAGAAGUUCGAAUCGAAGACCCUGAAGUAGUUGAAACUCCAGAUGUUGAAAAAUAUGGUAUUGAUGAAUUAAGAAAGACUGGGUACUUUAGUGAAACCUUAUUGCAAGCUCUUUAUAAAGCACAAUUCCGUCAAUUUACUCCUGUUCAACAAAAAGCCAUGGUACCUAUGUUACAAGAACCUAAUGGAUUAGUGGUUAGAGCCAAGACAGGUACAGGUAAAACUUUGGCCUUUACUAUUCCUGCUCUUCAAGAAGCUAUUAAUGCUAAACCUACUCCAACCGACGAUUUCGUCCAUAAAGGAAAAAUUACUACAUUAGUUAUUGUCCCUACUAGAGAUUUAGCAUUUCAAAUUGAAAUUGAAAUCAAUAAAAUUACUAAACAUUUACCAGUCGAUGAACAACAUAGAACUCGAGUUCAAGUAAUAAGUCCUGGUGCUGAGAUGUUAAUGGGAAAUAGAUUUUACUCGCAAAAAAGUAUUGUUGUUGCAACUCCAGGGAAGCUUAUAGAAUUUUUUCGUAAAAAUGGAUCAUAUCUUCUUGAUCGGAUGUAUGAUUUACGGUAUAGAAUUUAUGAUGAAGGUGAUAGACUUUUAGAUGUUUCAUUUAAAGAUCAAUUAGAUGAAAUUGAUGUUUAUUUAAGAGAAGCUAGAAGGGAUGAUAGUGUACCAUUAAAAUCUGUUCUUUUCAGUGCCACUAUUGAUAGAACAGUUGAUGAAUUUGCUAAGAGACAAAUAAGUCCUGAUUAUAAAUUUAUUGAUUGUGUUGAUAAAGAUGAUGUUGAUUCUCAUGAAAAUAUUCAUCAAAUUUUAGUUAAUUGUAAUGAUACAAGGGAUGGUUAUCAUAGCGCUUUCUCAUAUAUCUUAGAAAAUUUAAAGAGACCUGGUUUUAAAGCCAUUCUUUUCUUACCUACUAUUGCUGCAUGUGAUUGGUUUCAUGAAAUGUUACUUAAUGCUCGUGGUCAAAGACUUUAUGAUGAAGCAUUGGUUCAUGGAAAGUAUCGUUCUGAUUUUCUUAUCUUACAUGGAAAGAAAACUCAACCUUAUAGAACUCGAGUUGUUAAAAAGUUUAGAAAACUUUCUCAUGGAGUAUUAGUAUGUACUGAUGUGGCUGCUCGUGGAUUAGACUUUAAUGAUGUUUCUGAUGUUAUUCAAACAGCUGCUUCUUCUGAAAUUAAUAAUUAUGUUCAUAAGAUUGGAAGAACAGCUCGUGCUGGUAAAACAGGAGUGGCUGUAGCAUUCAUUCCUCGAAGUCAACUGAAAUUUAUUGAUGCUCUUAAACAUGAAAAAAAUAUUAAAUUUGCUGAAAUUAUUGAUUCAUCUGAUAUUGAAAAGGUUCCUAAUGUCUUUGAAAAAACCAGAACUGACAAGAUGAUAGAAGAUAAAGCAUUUGCUUCAUUCUUGGCUUAUGGUAGUCAAGUUGGAGGUGUAUACCGAUUGAAUAAAAACAAUAUUGUUACUGAAGUUGUUGACUUUUAUCGUUUAGUAGCAGGAUCUGAAACUGCUAAAAUGCCUCUAGGUAAUUACAUGAGAAAAUUUAUGAAUCUUCCAAGACACUUGAAUGAUGCAUAUUUUGAUUAUUAUAGUUCUUCCGGAUCUAAUUCUGAUUAUGGUCAUAGUAAUUCAAGAUAUGGACAUAAAGAAGGUGGCUACAGAGGUAACAAGGAAGGAGGUUACGGAGGUAACAGAGAAGGAGGUUACAGAGGUAACAGAGAAGGAGGUUACAGAGGUAACAGAGAAGGAGGUAACAGAGGUAACAGUGAAGGAAGGUACAGAGUUAACAGAGAAGGAGGUUACAAAGGUAACAGAGAAGGAGGUUAUGAAGGUGGCUACAAAGGUAAAGACUCUGGUGAUGGCAAUUAAACUGAGAUUUCAAUAAAGAUAAUGAUAACUUUGUAAUUAUUACGUUCACGUGU